AUCAUAGCUGGGUUAGUGGGUUAGUGCGAUAGAACACAAAAUACGCCUUUUUCCUCGUGCAAGUGCAAUUUUAUCCUUUUAUUUUAGAAGGAAUACAUUUUAAUAUCAAUGAUUUAGUUGAAUCCCUCAAGUGUCCGGGAAGUCAAUGGAUUCGAACGCUGUCCUCCGGAAGUUUGUUGAUCUCUGCAAUAAUCAACAAAGCGAUCAGAUCUCAUUGCUUUUCGCAUCAAAUGGCGUUGUGGAUUGGUACGGACGAACACUGAGGGGACCAAGGAAAAUUGCUGAUUUCUUCCGCUACAACAACCAGUACUACCACAAGUUUGCAGAUGGCAAGCAGUGCUCACCAUUUGAGAUUAGAGAAACUCAUACUGCCACGAGACAAAUCCCACCGGAAAACUUGACAGUGCAGAAUGAAGAGUCAACAAGGAGAGAGUAUUCCGCGAAGGAAUCAUGUGACAAUGUGCCAUCAACGAGUGCAGCAGAGGAUAGCAAGGGCUUCAUGACACCACCACAGCAGGAUGUAUCAACGCCAAAACUUCCUGCACUGACACAUGGCCAUAUAUUUCGUAAAAUGAGCAGUAGUGACGACGAUGAUGACGACGAAAGGCUGUGCUCAGUGAGGAAUUUCAGAGAGACCCUCCAUGGCGCAGAUUCAAGUGGUUUGAUGGAGCUAGAGCGACACGAAACACCCAGUGAACGUUCUCUUUUGCAGAGCAGAAAGAGACCAGCUAGUAGCGAUAGUAGCGAGGAGACUGAUGAGCAAUCCCCGAAGAAGCGCCUAAAAGACGCAGACUGUGAUAGUGGAGUCGUCGAAGGUGGGGACUGUGACCAAUUAACUGAUCUCUAUACGGAACUCAAGUACAUUGAAGCCUUUGGGAGUCUCGAAAUGAGACAAAGGACUAAACAUCGUGGUGUUCAUGCAGCUCCAUCGACAAGUCAAAGUUCCUCAACGUCCCACGAAAGACUCCCCCCUGAUGAUGCCACCGAUAGUCACCUGGUGAGACAAACUAAACUCAAUAUCUCCUACCGUUUGCAUCGCAACGGGAAGGACGUUCAAUUUGCCCUCAUUGUGUACGAGAACCUCACCAAGAAGCCCACAACUAGACGGAACCUUAUCAAUGAAUUCGGAACAAUUGAGAUUGACAAGACAUCCAAAAAAACACCUGUUAGUAAGAAAAAUGUCGAUAAAACACGAAAGUCUGUGACUGCGAAGAAACCACUGAGAUUCUGAUAAAAUUUCAUAUUUUAAGUUUCAUUUUCUUUUUCACACAAAAGGACUAUAUUCUCAAAAUUAACAGUAGCCCCUAAUUUCUAAUAUUAUAUAUUUGAUUUUCUUUUAAUUAUAAAUAUUUUUUCUUAUAUAAAAAAUUUCGAUAAAUUGCAAAUAAGAAGAAAAUUCAUCGUACAAAAUGAUGAAAAAAAAUUUUUUUUCUCUUUUUAUUUCUUUAUUUCACAAACAUUUCCCAGUUCAUUUAAUUAUAAAAAUUUAUAUUAAAAAAAACUGAUCAAUAAAAUCACAAAUUUUGUAAAAAAAA